GGCUGGCACCGCCAGAGGCUGAGGGAGCCGGUCCCGGGGACACCCGACAGGUACCCGGAGCUGAACGUGGAAGCAGGACGACCCCACACGAGACCCCAAGCCCGAGCCCCCGAGCUCCCAAGACUACCCGGUGUCCCAGCCCACCUCGCACCGGCGCCAGCAUGCCGGUGAUUCAAGUGCCCUUCCCAGACAGAGGAGCCCAUUCUCAACACUGCAGCCCGGGUCUGGUGGGGAUCAUUACUAAAGCCUGAGCCGUCUUUCCCUGGAAAUGGACGUUCCUAGGGUGCCCUCUGGUGGAUUUUGGAACUGACCGCCUGUGAAUUUCAAGUGAUGGCCAGGGUCCUCUCAUCGUAUCCCAGACCCUUCCCCGAGAAUGAGACUCUGCACAAACACUACCACUUUGUGGGCAAGCUGGAAGACCGGCUGAAAGAAUCCCCUGAGGGCAGCAUCCUCACCACUGUGCUGUUUUUGGUCAUCUGCAGCUUUAUCGUCCUGGAGAACCUGAUGGUUCUCAUUGCCAUCUGGAAAAACAAUAAAUUUCACAACCGCAUGUACUUUUUCAUCGGCAACCUGGCUCUCUGUGACCUGCUGGCUGGCAUUGCCUACAAGGUCAACAUCCUAAUGUCGGGCAAGAAGACGCUGAGCCUGUCUCCGACAGUCUGGUUCCUGCGGGAGGGCAGCAUGUUCGUGGCCCUCGGGGCAUCCACCUGUAGUUUACUGGCUAUUGCCAUCGAGAGGCACUUGACCAUGAUCAAAAUGAGGCCGUACGACGCCAACAAGAAGCACCGCGUCUUCCUUCUGAUCGGGAUGUGCUGGCUCAUUGCCUUCUCCCUGGGCGCCUUACCCAUCCUGGGCUGGAACUGCCUGCACAACCUGCCCGACUGCUCCACCAUCUUGCCCCUCUAUUCCAAGAAGUACAUUGCGUUCUGCAUUAGCAUCUUCACAGCCAUCCUGGUGACCAUCGUGAUCCUGUAUGCACGCAUCUACUGCCUGGUGAAGUCCAGCAGCCGCAGGGUGGCUAGCCCCCACAACUCGGAGCGGUCCAUGGCCCUGCUGCGGACCGUGGUGAUCGUGGUGAGUGUGUUCAUUGCCUGUUGGUCCCCGCUUUUCAUCCUCUUCCUUGUCGAUGUGGCCUGCAAAGUGAAGGAGUGUGCUAUUCUGUUCAGAGCCCAGUGGUUCAUUGUGCUGGCUGUGCUCAACUCCGCCAUGAACCCCGUCAUCUACACGCUGGCCAGCAAGGAGAUGCGACGUGCCUUCUUUCGGCUGAUCUGCAGCUGCUUGGUCAGGGCCAAGGGUGCCCGCUCCUUACCCACCCAGCCCGCUCUGGAUCCAAGCAGAAGUAAGUCCAGUGGCAGUAACAACAGCAGCCCCUCGCCAAAGAGCAAGGAAGACAUCCCCCAAAUGGUCACCUCGCCCUGCAUCACUGACAGAAACAAAACCCUGCAGAAUGGGGUCCUCUGCAAGUGAGGGCCCUGCCUCCAGGAGCAGGGGGUCCUUACAUCUCCAUGGAGGGAGCGGCACCCAGCCCAGCAGCCACAUGCUUAUAUAUUACAUGUCUCACCAUGAGGCUCUGCCAGAGCUGAGACCCAGGAAAUCUAUUUUGCCAGCAGCCUGCCUGGUGUGGCUAGUUCUUAAGACUGGGACCCAAGGACUCACCAACCCAUUUCAGCGUAGAUAGCAUGCCUUGUCAUUUCAGGCUCCAGAGCCUUCCAAAUGUACCAAGCUGCUGAUGUCAUUGCUGCCUUCCCCUGAAUCCCAGUGGUCACUCUCCGGUGUUCCUGGAGAGGGAAGGUGUGUUUCCCAGGACACCGGGACAAUGUUUGGGUAAUUACACUACACUGACUGUGCCGACAAUGGAUGCUGUGUAUCUCAUUUCUAUGCUGCACUGCACUUGUGUUUCAGAUGUCUGCCAUGGGCACGUGCGUGAGCUGCAGUAUACAGCACAGUUAUGUAACAAGUAAUACAAGUAUCUUCCAACUGAACCAGCUAUAAGGAUAUGGCUGGGAACUAGGUGGACAUGCCAGUGCCAAUCUCCUGAGACUGACGUCGUCUUGAGUAAACAGGUUCUGAAUGCUAAAAUUCUCAAAAACGCCUUGUUUAAGGCUGUUCCUAGAUGUGUGGGUCUAACCCAAAUAGUCCUGGGACAGGCCUGGGAGCAGGUCAAUGUCUAAAGGUUCCUGGCAAGAAUGACCAAGUUCUGUGGUGCAGGUCCCCUGAGGGACCCCCACUUUUUUCCUUGUCAUGUAUCCCUGCACAGUUUUAUGCACAUCCAAAAGCCAAAUUACGUGAGUAUUCAAGGGUUUCCCCAAAUCACAGAAAAGUCAGCCAAGGUCUUCCAGGAGGUUGUGUCCCAGAUCAACUAAGAAAUGAACCCACUUGAGAGAAGCAGGGACAGACCCCCCAGCCCAUUUUACCUUUCAAGUUGCCAGUAGCAGCCAUCUGUUUAAUGGAAAAUUUCUAUGGAAUUAGGAGAGGUUUACAAGACAGCACUUUGAUCCUAUGUUGAAUUUGAUUCUAUGUCAGAAAGUCAGUAACCCCUGUGCUGCCACAGCCAAGGAGCUGGGGCCACCAGCAGUCUCAUGGCUUCUGGAAAGAAGAACCUGACAGCCACUGUUUGAGCAGUUUAAUUGUCAGGACAGCAAACGUGAUCUGGCAGUUUUUGCGUUCUUCAAAGAAACGUAAUAAUACUGUAAUCUUAUUUUUCAACACAGGGCGACCCUGUAUCAAUCAUUCUGUUUACCUUAUAAAGGGAUUACUCUGAAGAUGUUUUUGUGUAUGCUCUUCCUCAAGGAUUCUACGUGAAUACAAGCUGAUAAAAAAGAACACACACAUCUAUAGAGUCCCCAUAAGCACACAGCAGACUUGGAGAGUUCUUUGUAAAAACAAAACAAACAGCCUUCAAAAAGGUCCUUACAUGGGGGAACCUCACAUGUGAAAUCCCCUGACGUUUUUAGGUUCAGUGAGAAUAUCACCUGAGUAAAGACUAAAGAGUAGUCUUAACACAUUAACUUUUUUGAAGAGAGAUUGACUCCUGUUUAUCUGAUGCAAGUUCUUCUUAUUGAAGGAUGUUUUCAUGGGUCCUGGGGGAUCUCUGUGUACUGACCAAAGACUUUCCUCAUUUUUGUUACUGAUGAGAUAAAUGAGACGUUCAUCAGUGACAUUUUUUUGUUGCCUUCUUUACAUCACUGAAAAGAAGUUAUUCUUUUAUCAAAUAACAUGAGAAAACCCAGGGCAUUUCUAGAAAAGUUAAGCCUUAAGGUACUGGGUUAGUGAAAAAAAUGCAUCAGUGUCAAGAUGUUGGGUGUUACACUUCACUUAGGUCAUGACAUGACUUUAAAACUUUAUAUCAUAGUUCUGAGUUGCUUUGGGGGUCCCAGAUCUCUGGCGCUAAUAUUAAUAACACUUUGUACCAUAGCCCAAACUUUCCUUUGAGAUAAUGCAAAACUUUCAAGCAAUCUGAAUGAAAAAUACUCCAAAAAGUAAUUGCAUUCAUUUGAUAUGUUCAAAAACUAAUCAACUUUAAUACCAAUGUGUAUGUACAUUCCUAACUAGCUAGCUGGAGAUCAUUUAGAAGCUGAGUAUUUCAAAGCCACAGAGAAGCUGUGCAUUAGAGCUCAUUCAGGUAGUAACCUUUACUAUGUCCCAUGUAUCUUUGUUAAAAAAUAAAACCAAAAUCUUUGUAUAAGCCAUUGUUGGACGUCCAUGUGUGUACCGGGGCCACCCUGGUGGUGUACCAGAUGGCAGCCUGGCCUCUCACUGGUACCAGUGUUUCCCCAGGAAUUAAACCACUCUCAGAAACCUGAUAACCCUUCCACCCUCCACUUUCCCACUGGCGUAUGUGGUGUUGAGUGAAGCCAGGUGUGUUGGAGCUGUUUCAUCAAUUCUGGUAGGUCACACUAUUUGAGGAAGGUUAAUAGACUUCCCUUUGACAGGGAGAAGAUUGUGAGAGUCAUGGCCGUCAAGGUAGGGCCAACAAAGAUGGGAUGUUUGGUUCUGCUCCAUUUACAGAGGGAGAGAAGAGGUCAGAACUGGCCCUUCCCUCAGCUUUCUCCUUACAAACUGUAGUUUUAGUGCACACACGUGUGUGUGUGUGUGUCCACCCUGUGUUCUAGAGAGAAAGAGGCCUAACUAGUCUGUUGGUAACAGUCAUGAAGAAAUUUCUCUAACAUAACUGAGGACCAAACUUUCAGCCACCAGUGAUUCUGCCCAAGGCCCACUGGGUACAAGUUAACAUAAGUACCCUCAGCAAUGCUUCUGCCCAGCUGCCAUUUUCAUUCCACACCCUUGGCCAAUAGGCGGGCUUUGCUGUGAUUGUGAUUCAAGAAGUCUUCUGGAGAAUAACUGUGAAUAUCUGCUUUCUCUGGAAGGGAUUCAACCUCCCCUCCUCUGUUUUGAGGCAAUCCAAGAUCCAUAGUCCAACAGACAGAUUUUUCAUAAUAUUCUUUAUUGCCCACAGACUUAACAUUGACAGUCAUUUAAACAACGGACGAUUUAGAAAACGGCUGUUAUUUCAACCCUUGACCCAUGGUUAUUCCGCACUGGUAAAGAGCUUUUCACAGAAAUGUAACAAGGUGUAUUUUAUAGAAAACUUCUAAUUAAAUUACCAAGUCCAUGCUUUUAAAUUGUAUGUAUGAGUGCAAAACCUCAACACCCAAAUGUUUUAGUAUCUAAGUCAAAUAUCAAAGGGUUUGCUACAUAAUCAUAAAUGCACAUACCACUGUUCUGAAAAUGAAGGCACAUUUUCCGAUAACCAAUGAUAAGAAGUGCAGCACUGCCUACAUGGAUGACAACCUCCUUGGUGGACCAGAGUGUUGACACUUGGGGACGCCAAGCAGCUCUUUCCUUGGUUACCCCAGAAACACAGGUGUCCGGUGCACCAUCAAGGGCUCUCAGCUGGAAACCACAUCAUUUCCUGAAGGAGUGAAGUGGAUUCACUAAAGGUGAGGGGGGACUUUAAGCCAAUUCUCCUUACCCGUUCUAUUGUCAAAUUUCCAAAAUGUUGACCAAAUAACUUAGGUGUUACCACUUUUCAUGGAACAGAGAUUAGAAAACUUGAAAUCAGUUUUGUAUUUCCACUCCUCGGGAAUGUCCACAGCCCAUUCUGUUACAAUAUCAAAGUAGAAAGUGGUAAAUUGGCAAUAAACCCAGACAGAAACCUUGA